AUGGCUGCAGAGAUUCGCGACAUUGAAAACACCGACAAACACUCGAAAAAAAUUUGCCAUGAUUGCUUCUCUAAGCUUUAUGAUUUUAGAGACUAUCGCGAAAGAUGUCUUGAAGCAAUUGUAACAUCUUCUAGCGGCAAAAAACGAUACAUUUACGACUGCAAACAGACGUAUCAAAAUCAGCUCGUGGAGUGUGAUAUUUGUAACAAAAGCUUCUCUAAAUCCCGCAUAGAAGGUCACAGAAACAUCCAUCUUGGUUUGCGACCUUUAAAAUGCGAACGAGGAUGCGAGCAACGAUUUCACUGCAAACAACUGCUUUUACACCAUUACCGGAAUGUUCACAACGGUGAAACAUUCUGUUGUGACGUGUGCGGCAAGAUUUUGCGCUCCAAACGCAGUCUUGGGUAUCACAAAAAGGAUAGUCAUGGGGAUAAAAAGCACCCUUGCAGCUUCUGUGAUCAGUUGUUCGUUUCAAAGGCCCGAUUAAACCAGCAUCUGAAAUAUCAUCGUGACGAACGAAAACACCCGUGUGAGCUUUGUAACUAUUCGUUCUUCACAAGAAACGAUCUGAAGAAACAUCUAUCCACACAUGAUCGACGCAGACCAGGUCGGUUGCUAAACUGUAUUGGCAAUGGUUAA